AUGUAGCCAAUGUAGCCUAUGAAUAUCGUUCCUAUGAUGAACGUUCCUAUGAUGAUGCCACAAGCUACUCAAGGACCUAACCCUUAACUAAAUGUAGAGAGUGCUGCCAGUGUUGUCAUGAAGUAAACUACUGACAUUUAAGUUAAUAGAGAUGAAAGUUGUUUGCAAUGUGGUUGGGAUUACCGUUUUAGCACCUACAAUUCAGCCUAAGGGGGCUCUCAUAAAAUUUAAAAAUUUGAUCCUUGUUGCAUUAAUGCUUGCUGCUGUUGGCCUAUAAAGAAGUGUUGUUGUUCAUAUAAUAUGCCUCCUCAUGUCUCCAAUGAAUUUGUGUAGCCAGAUGGAGUCUAAGUUGUCUUCCCUAACCCUUUCCAUGGAGUAGUUUAUGUUAAAGGUGUAGCAAUUGGAUCAUUUGAAUAUUAAUAACCUGGAUGCUUUUGGUAAUGUCUUAUAUGCCAACAACCUAAAAUAGUCAUUAAAAAAGCUGUAACAAACGAGACACUCACAUUAAAAGCAAAUGACAACUGUUUACUAGGAUAUUUGGAAUUUUACUUCGGAUGUUUCUUAACCAACAAAGCUAUGUUCUUAGAAAAGCAAGGCUCAACAACAAUAGAGGGAAGAUACACUAGAAGCUGCUUUAGUGCAAUUCUCAAUACACUAUGUUGCAAUCCUCACUUUUAUGACAACCUUAAUCUUAACUUUUAGCAAUUUAUUACUAGUGAUGCUGAAAAAGUCUUAGUUUAUUCUGCCUUUAUUUUACUUUAAGAAAACACAAAGAUUAAUUGCUGCAGUUUAAGACAGGCCUGCUAGCAAACAUGCGGCUGUUUUAUGAUUUGA